UAAACCUUGAAGGUUUGCGCACAGAAACCAUCAGUCUCGAGACAAGAAAAAGGUGAAAUUUGCAGGCACCAAACCAAGGAGCACAACAAAGAAAGGAAACUACCCAGUUCAGAUAUAGUAAAGGAGCUUUAGUGCUCACAAAUAUUUGAAAUUUUUUAUAAUCGUAUUUACCAUGGCUUCAGUCUUCCAAAGGUUCAUAGACUGGAUUAAAAGUUUAUUUUGGAAAGAGGAGAUGGAAUUGACCUUGGUUGGGUUACAAUAUUCGGGAAAAACCACUUUUGUCAAUGUUAUUGCGUCUGGUCAGUUCUGCGAAGACAUGAUCCCUACAGUUGGUUUCAACAUGAGAAAGGUUACGAAAGGAAACGUUACUAUUAAGUUAUGGGAUAUCGGAGGACAACCACGAUUUCGAAGUAUGUGGGAGAGAUAUUGCAGAGGUGUUAAUUGCAUUGUGUACAUGGUUGACGCAGCUGAUCACGAAAAAUUGGACGCUGCUAAAAAUGAAUUACAAAGUUUACUUGAGAAACCACAGCUGUCUGGAAUACCGGUACUUGUUUUGGGCAAUAAGCGUGAUCUACCCAACGCGUACACGGAGAAAGAACUUAUCGAAAAACUAAAUCUUGGUGGUGUACAAGAUCGCGAAAUUUGUUGUUAUUCAAUAUCUUGCAAGGAGAAGGAUAAUAUUGAUAUUACUUUACAAUGGCUUAUCCAGCAUUCCAAAUCGAAAAGCUGAACAAUUUCCGUGUUAUACUCACACCAAAAUUAGAUACUUCUUUGCAUAGAGAAAAUUCAGCUAUUUUGUAUACAAAUUUUGUUAUUUUUUUUUUUUUUUUGUUAAAAUAUCUGCGUUGUUGUACACAUUCGUCUUAUGCAAUUUUUAUACAUAAUUUGAAAUGUUGUUUUUCGUGUUUUGUUUCUCAACUCGUUUGACCAUGAAUGCCUUACAGCCAAUCGAAAUAUGUAGAUGUUAUUAUAACUUUUAUACCAAGACUUUUACGAGUUUGUUUCCAGUAAAAACACAAGCGAGAGCCUGGCUAGCGAAUUAUGUAUGAAAUAUAUAGAAUGUAUUGUAGCUACACUUCUUAAAUUUAUGAAAUAAAUUAACUUGAGUGUUUUAA